UUUAACGGUGUACACAUUGAUACGAAAAUCAUACAUUUUAUAUGCAUGUCAUGGAACUGACCAAUCUGACCCUGUUUUUUUAUCUAUAUAUAAGUAAAAACAAGCAUUGGAUGGAAGAAGUGUAUUAAAGAGAUGGGGACUAGCUGGUCACAAGAUGAGGCCAAUAACUCACAGUCGCAGCCAAGUGAACAACCAAGUAAUAACAAGGCAGUGGAGCAAGCAACGGAAGCAAAGGCUGCUCCUAGUGGCUCUAAACCCAUGGCAGUGGAGAAAACAGCUCCUGACCAUCAGGCUAAGCUCUCAGCUAACAACAGCAACCAUGAAAUCACAGUUGUGAAAGAAGUUAAGGAAAUGGAGAAAAAGACAGCAACACAAGUAGUUAAACAGCAGCUUCCACACAACUAUGAAGCUAUUGUGAGACACGCUGACUCAACCAUCAACAAAUCCUCAGUGGAAAACCUCCUUGAACAGCUCCAUGCUGGAAUAACCUUAAACCAAAAGAGAAAGAGGUACUGGGUUGACAAGAAGUCCAACAACUGCUUUAUGGUCUAUGCAAGGGAUCUCUUGAUCACUUGGGCUGAAGACAAUCGUUACUGGCUCUGGCCCUCCCUGCAAGAAACCAGUGGUGUCGUCAUUGAUGCUGCUGAACUGAUUAAUGUAUGUUGGCUAGAAGUGCAUGGAAAAUUUGAGACCUCAAAGCUGUCACUAGGAACUCUGUACGAAGUUGUGUUUGUGGUCAAGCUGAAAGCUUCAGGUUAUGGAUGGGAUGUUCCAGUGAAUGUCAGACUCACUCUUCCAGAUGAUAGCAUACAAUGGCAUAAAGUUAAUCUGAUGGAAAUCCCAAGAGAGCAAUGGAUAGAGAUUUCAGUUGGCGAGUUUAGAGCAUCACCCGAAAAACCUGGGGACAUGGAGUUUUCGAUGUAUGAAUAUGAUGGUGGGAAAUGGAAGAGAGGACUUGUUAUCAAGGGUGUUACCAUUCGGCCUAAAAACUAAGUUGCAGAGUAAACAACUUUGCUUAUGAGCAGAGAUGAUUUUCUGAGUUUUUCAUAAGAAGACAGAAAUGAGAGAAUUGCAUAUGUAAGAAAUGAUCAGAACAGAAUAAUGAAACAAUGGUACAACUCACAUUUUUGCUUUCU